UCAAUGAGGUAACAAUGUAAUCUGCGGAAAUUGCAAACACAUUUAGCAAAGCAGCUGUAGAAAAUUUCAAUUUCACAUUUUACUAAUUGAACGCGUGCGCGCAAUGCGCUUCAAUAUGCAAUUUACAUUUGAUAUCUGCAACUGAACCUGGGGUGGUGGACUGAGAACCAAAGUGAUGACAACUUAGUUACAUCAAUUAACAGCGUUUAAUACCACAGGGAAAAAAAGAGAUACAAAACAGACGGACACAACAACAAUACCAUAAAAAUUACAUCGAUAAUUGUGUGCACAGAAAAAAGGGAGUGUAGAAAUAGAACGGAUGCAAAACGGAAAACGAUACGGAAUAAUUGUUUUUUAUCUCGUUAGAAUGAAUGGGUUCUAAUGUCGGACACGAGAUUGACGACGGUGAAGCAAAAUACGACUAAUCUGAUUAGCAGCAGCUCCAGCAACAACAAAAUUCUAUGCGAUGCGCUUCAUUAAAUUUUGGAUAUUUUUCUUUAUUGAAGCCCUCGGGGAGUUUCAAAAUCACAUGAAUACCGCUCAGGCCUGUCUAAAUGAAUGCAUCUGCUUGUCGCAGACACAAGUUUUGUGUAAUACGGGCGGACUACGGGAGAUACCAACAAAACGAUUGCCGCUGAGCGUUGAAAAUUUAUCAUUGACCAAAAAUAAUUUCCCAAUAAUCAAAAGCGAUGCGUUCGCCGGUUUGCGUAGCCUGAGGAAAUUGUCACUCGACGGCAACAAUAUCACAACAAUUAAACCAUUUGCAUUUCGUGGCCUACCAAAAAUUCGGGAAAUCUCCAUACAACACACACCGUUGGCAACGGUGGCCCAGUUCGCGUUUGCCGGCCUACAAAAUAUAACGACCAUUCUGUUGAGCCACAACAAAAUCUUGCGUGUCGAAACGAAUGCAUUUGCGGGCACAUCCAAUGUUAAACUGAUCUUAUUAUCGUAUAAUCCGAUGGUGAAAAUCGAAACGUCAGCCUUUUCCGGUUUAACAACAGUGGAACAUUUGAUACUGCCAUCCGGUAUUCGCCUUAUCGAACCAGAUGCAUUCUAUGGCAUGGACACCGUUGGUCUGCUCAAACUAGCCUUUAUGGAUUUAACGGAAUUGUCACCGUUUACAUUCCGUGGAUUAACCAAUGUGGCGGUUUUAUCGUUGCAAGAGUCUGAUUUAGGGGUGAUUUGUGCCAAUUCAUUCGAUGGAUUGUCAUAUGUGGGCACACUAAAAUUGCUCAAUAAUAAAAUCGAUGCGAUUGAAGAGCUAAAUUUAACGUCAUCGCAUCACAUAAAGCAUUUAAUUUUUCACGGUAAUCAUUUGUUAGAGACGCCCGAUUCGGGUGCUCUCAUUUUAGAAGGCAUACGAAAUAUAUCGGUGAUAAACAACCAUUUUCCAUGUGGAUGUCACGUUCAUUCGUUGAUCGAGUCACCGUUAGCGAACGGUUCGUACAAUCGGGGUGAUUUUCUAUCACGAAAUUAUUGCAUCUCACCGUUGGAUGUCAACGGUAAAGCGAUGAGCGAAUUGGAUCUGUAUGCCAUUAGCCGGUGUCAGGAGCAGGUGACUCGUGAGAAUCUCGAAUCCAAUGCAAUUUCUUUGCAUUCGACCAACGAACAACAUUAUCAUAGAAUUUAUGUAUGUGCAACGGCCGUACUGCUGUUGAUGCUGAUAAACGGGCUGCAACGAUACGACGACAACGACGACGAUGACGACGAUAGUCCCAAUAAAUAUGUCAGACAAUGCGACAGCGCAAAUAAUCAGACUGAAAUACAUCACGAGCAACACGAUGACAUUAGAAAAAUUGUAUGUAGACAAAGCGAUAUGCCAUUUACAAAGAGUGUGGCAUGCAGGUGAGCUUAUCGAAAUAUGUAUACGAAUCGAAAAUCCUAGUGAUAUUUGCGAGACACACAAAUGAAAAUAUGUCAAGGGAAUUUUCAACACUUCCAUUUCAAUUUUCGGCAUCCGCUGCGUGAGAGAAAAGUUCAAUUCAGAACAAUAGAGAAGAACAGAGAAAGCAAAAUGUCAGUUGCCAUUAGCAUCUGAUUUUUCGUACGACAUCGUUCAACAUCCAACCAUAUCGACAGUGACAUUCCAUUUUUCAUCAAAUUAAACGCAUUUAAAAUCGACGAAGCAUCACAUCAGGCCGCUACCAACGGCGUACACUGCACGAGAUAUUGUCACGGACCAAAGACACGCAAUGUUCCCCCCAAAAAAAAUUAAUCAACAUGCCAAUUUCUAUGUUUUCAAACACUGAACAUUUUCAUUUCGAAACGAAUUGUCGUUGUACAGAAAACUAUUUAGCAUCGAACGACGCUCCGUUCACACAUAUAUUCGCUUCAAUCUAAUGUUUUCGUUGUGCCGGGGGCAUCGAAACGGAUAUGCAAAACACGAAAUCGAUUGUGUUAACGCAUUAUUGAAUGUAUGGUUAAUUAGUUCCGCCAAAAUGUGUAUGUGUACAGUAUUCCAAAUGCAGAGGGAUAAUUUUAUUUUUACAUUUGGUUACAAGAGUAAAUUCGAUGUGUACGCGCGAUUCGCAGCGGUUUGACUAUUUUGAUUAUUUGCAAUUGGCAUUGCUCGGUGAUUUCAUGCAAAUGAUUGAAAACAAACAUGGAAUACGAAAUCAGUGUGCCGCGCGUCCCUGGAUAUUUUUCCGGUAAAAUGUUGUCAAUCAAUUUGAUCGAUAUGACAAAAGCAUAACCAUUUGCACGAUCCAACAGUUGAGCAUUCUCAACCUUUUCGCCGGUCGAUGAAAGUCAUUCGUUGCCACUACACGGCUGCUCGGCUGCUCGGCUGCUCGGCCGCCCUCGUAAUGAGUAACUGUCACUAUUUGAACAAUGUGUUUGAAUUCCUAACACGUUCGAAAAUAUCCGCAUCCAAAUAGAAAAUGUACAAAAAUAAAUAAAUCUCGGCUUCGAUGCGUGAGGUUUUGUAUUAUUUUUGGAAAUAGCCUUUCCCAUCGUGUGAAUGAAUACGCCGGCCCAACAAAGACACAUAUUUGCUUUUGUACAAUGUGUGUGUGCGUGUGUGUGUGUAUUUGUAUCGGAGCAAUCGUGUAGAAAAAGGUCAAACUCUUUUGCAUUGUUCUAACAACUGAAACAAAAGCACGCUCUUCUGUAUUCAUUUCGAGGAAGAAUGCAGUGUUUGCAAUGGGCCAAGUCAAUAGAAUUUCAAAAUAACUAAUUCAGUGCGCAAAAUGGAUAAUCGACGAAUUGACGUUGGAGAGAAAAAAAACCCAUUGUAAUUCACACACUGGCAUCGUAUAACGAUGGAAGAGAAAAAAAAACUCGAGUAUGUAACAAAGCGUAUUUAUACACUCUUGCAGUGUACAAAGUACCAUAUCGAUUCGGUCGUUCCAUUUGGCAAAAUGCAAAAUACGUUGUAGGACAAAACCGAAAUCGGUUUUGCAUAUUCGCAGUGCGUUUCGUCGCCAAUUCAUUCACUCGCAUAUGCAUAUCCAUGAGCCAAUACGUUGGAAUUCGAUUUUCUGAAAAUGGCUUAAAUCUUAUUUUCCGUUUGCCAUCUCUCUUAUCCAUGGUGGCAUAAUAUUGGGUUGAGAAAAAUAUAAAUAAGGGGAUAAAAAAAUGAGAAAUUUAUGCAUUUGGAAACCGGCAACCGUAUGAAGGAAGAAGGAGGAUAUGCCGAUACACACACGCACACAUCGCAAAUAAAACAUCCAAUAACAAGGUCGCUCCUUGAUACAUACACACAUUUUCUUCUUUUAUUCCGUAUUGGAUUUUUGUGCCACGCUUCAUUCUCUUGCACCAGCACGGACAAAAUAGGAUUGAGUGAGCUGCUUCGAUUCGAUAAUAUGGCUGAGGACGAAAUUUACAAUAGCACAGGGGAAAGAGUUCAUCGAAUAUGUGGCCGCUAAAUUGGGAUUUAAGCAACACACACACAUUCACUCAUGUCAUAUUGCAAUUGUUAUUUUUUCCAUCACAAUUUAUAGACAGUACAAAAAAUCACUUCAUUUUUUUCUAUUUCUGUGCAUUGUGGUGCAAAAUAUGCGAAAUAUUUUUAGUGACUCCUUUUCAUGUCGUUCAUUGUCUCUCUCUCUCUCUCUCUGUGUAUGUGUGUGUGUGCGACUGUGCGUGUGUAUAUUUCGAUGGUUCGUUUUCAUAUUGAUCCAUUUUUUGAAUUCGUGAAUAUUCAUUGUCAUGUAAUCUUUUUUCUUUCCGAUUUUUUUCUCGUGUUCUUGUGCUGCUUCCUGCUGUUGGCAGGCUUUAUAUUAUCAAUAUUCAGCCUGAGCCAUACCAUAAAAUUGCACAACGGAUAACAGCCGCAUUGUAAAUGGAUUUAUUUUUCUCUCCCAUUCAUGUCUCGCUGUAUAUAAUGUGUAUAUGUGUGUGUGCCAUUUGUUACCGUAAAACAAAUAGUAUGGCAUUCAAAUGCACUUCCAUGGAUUAUUUGGACAAAUGUAAAAAUCGAAUAGGGUGAGAGUGCAAAAAAUACGAAUAGAAGGGGAAAAAACGAAAAGAAAAAAAGCGGCCUGGCCAACAUAUCGUUUGGACAUCCCAUAUGGAAUCCUUUCGAAAGUAAUAGAUAAUAAAUAUCAUUUUCAUAUGGACUUUAUAUUCGCUCGACAUUUUUUUUUGGGCUUCCUCGAUCGAAUCGAUCCAGUUUUAUUUCAUUUGCGUUCGCUUACUUGCACGAUCUCGUGUAUGCUUUGUGUCCAUUUGUGUGAGUGUAUGUGUGUGUCGCCAAAUGCAAUUUUAUUUCACGACAUUUUAUUGAAAUAGAUGCACGCAGCGCACGACAGAAUGGUGGAUAAGCGAGAGGGAAAAAAACCCACCACCACCAGCGAGACAGUGCAUUUUCACACAUGCUAUGAGUAUAUGCAGUCACACACAGUGUGUGGCGGCUAGAAGCGAUUUGCGAAAAACCCUAAAUAAAUUGCAAUUCCAUUUAAUGGAAACCAUAUUUUAUUUGCUGACGUCAACUGGCUGCGUUAAAUAUGAUAAAAGAGGCUGAGAUUUUUAUUUGGGAAAGACGACUUAAAAAUAGCAAAAAAACACAAUGAACUUUCCAUAAAUAUCGGACUCAUCGUCGUUAUCGAAAAUGUUGUGGGUUCUAUUUUUGGACAAAACUACCAGAGAGAAUAAAAAUAUCCUCGACACACACAUGAUGUCAUUCUAUUUUGGCAGCUGUCACAAGAUAUCAUGCCAAUAGCACUUUAGAUACGGUCAUCAAAUAAUCAGUGAUGAUUAUUAAUCACACGCAUUUCAAAUUCCUUGAUAUGUUACUUCGUGCAGCAUUAUGCCUUUGACAGAAUUUCCGCUUCGCCGUUGCCAUUCAUAUUUACAUUUUCCAUUCGUGAAUUAUGGUGUGCCAAGCAAUUAAUGCUCCACAAUAGCCACUAUUUUCUGUUUCAUCCAUUACAUAACGAUUACUUUUUUUCCAAAACAAGCGUAUUAUAUGAUGGUAAAGUGGUGGAGAUAAGCGAACAUCGUAAAAAAAGAACACACACACAAAUAACCAGUCUGUUGACAGCGUUCAAUAGUGCGAUCCGGCUUUCAGCAAUCGAGUGCUGUGCAAUAUACUUUGUCAUUAAAAUUAUCAAUGCUGCAAAUUGUUUUUGUAAUUAGCAAAUAGAGUAUCCUUAUAUCCUUAUCGCUGGCUCUCUGCAUGUCCGCUGGAUUCUGUAUGCCGAAACCCAUUUUGCAUUUGCCAUUCAACAGAAGAACAAGGGGAGAAGAAAAAUAAAAGCAGGCAGCAGGCUGCAACAGCAUCAGUGGCUUUAUCGAAGUUUUCGAAUGACGCCAUGGGUCGUUAAUUAUUCAAAUAAAAGCGCCAACUUUUCCAUUCGAAAAUACAUUAAAAGCAUUGCCAAUGACCAUAAAUGCAGAAAAGAUGGUUCUCACUCACUCUCUUACUCUCUAUCUUACCAAAUCUAGCCAAGCACUUUAUUUUCCAUGUUCAUUCUGUCUCUGUGCAAUAAUGUAUUGAAAAACUCUUUCUCUCUUUCAAUAAUAUUUUGCAAACAAUGUCCCACUCUCUCUCUGUCUGCUCCCCUGAUUAGCAUAUUUAAUGCGAUUAUGUUCAAUACUUUAUUUUGGACUGUGCAUUUGUUUCACCCUCCGUUUCCAAUGCAUCAUCCGACUAUUAACUAAAUAGAAUAAAUUUUAAUAUACUUUUUUCGAUACACCAAAAAAAAUUGAUGAUACUUUUGUUUAGCGACUCCUUCUCUUCGCAGACGGAACAUAUUUUCGAAGUAUCAAACAGUUUUUCCUCACCGCAGGAUGCGCUUGACCCAAAAAUAAAACCUGAAUACGAUUUCGUAGCACAAAAAGUCUCAAUCAUUAUUGUAUAAUGUUUUUUUUUCUCUAGAAAAUAUCUGAUGAAAACGUGAAAUUUGCCACGCACUCUAUUAACAUCAAUGCAUUAAAACCUAAGGCGAUUUAUCAGUUUCCAUUUUGAAAAGCUGAUUUCAACUCUGAAAAAAAGUGCUUCAUCUAACUAUAAAAUACAGGUAGCCAAAGUUGCAAAGGGAUAGCAAAUGCAAUGCGUUUAUUCAAUUAAUUAAUUACCUGCCCAUUGUAAUGGAUUGCAUUUCGGUUGGGCUUUGUGUCGAGUCUGACUUUUAAUUAUGUGCAUAAAUUCGAAUAAAUACUAUAAAAGUGAAUUGCUAAUGGCGCGCGCGCGCGUCCAACGGUGCAUUCAUUCAGUACUAGCAGAAAAAAAGUCAGCCAGCUUUUUCGUUCCAUAUAAAUUAAAUUAUUGUCAAUGGAUUCCAGUUCAUUAAUUGACUUUUUAUCGCUUGUUUUGCUAAUAAUGUGCACAUUGUUUUAGUGCAUGUUCUCUCUGCUAAUUUGAAUAAAAUUACAAAAAUCAUCCGCAAAAUGACCGGACGAAGAUCAUAUGCAUUUCAAUUCCCAACUCCA